UGCGAAAAAUAUACAAACACCUCUCUCCAUCAGAUCAGAGCCACGCCACUGAUCCCACCUCUCUCUCGAUAUUUCUUCAUGAAUCUCUGCGUGUGUCUUUCUCUCUCGGUGAGCGAGCAAAUGGAGUUAGCUUCAUGUACUUCACGCUUCCCAUGCGCCACUAAGCUUCGUCCUCGAGAGCCUCGACUGUUAACCAAUCCCAAGAGAACAUUUCCGAAGCGGAAGAAAAACGCUCUCAAUUUGGAUACACGCAGCCUUCAUUUGAGAAGGAGCAAGUCUUCGAUGGUUGUGAGUGCUAGAGACGGUGGCGGGCCCGAGGCCGGGACUGCUACUGCCGUGGUGACCGAGAAGCCCAUGCUCGGGCGAUUCCUAGUGUCCCGAGGCUAUCCGGCGCCGUUUGGGGCUACGGCUCGUGAUGGUGGGGUCAACUUCGCCAUCUAUUCUGCCAAUGCCGUCUCCGCCACUCUCUGCCUGAUCAGCCUCUCCGAUUUACAGGACAAUAAAUUGACUGAGCAGAUCUCUCUUGAUCCACUGACUAAUAAGACUGGUGAUGUUUGGCAUGUAUUUUUAAAAGGAGAUUUUAUCGAUAUGCUUUAUGGCUACAAAUUUGAUGGAGAGUUCUCCCCGAAAGAUGGGAAUUACUAUGAUUCGUCUCAGAUACUGUUGGACCCUUAUGCAAAAGCAGUUCUAAGCAGAGGGGAGUUUGGUGCUUUGGGAACUGAUGGUAAUUGCUGGCCCCAAAUGGCGUGCACGAUACCUUCUUUUGAUGAUGAGUUUGACUGGGAAGGGGAUUUGCCUCUGAAAUACCCACAGAGGGAUCUUAUCAUAUAUGAAUUGCAUGUGCGAGGAUUUUCAAGGCAUGAAUCCAGUGGGACUGAAUUCCCUGGUACAUAUCUUGGUGUUGUGGAGAAGCUUGACCACUUAAAGGAACUUGGUGUCAAUUGUCUAGAGUUAAUGCCAUGUCAUGAGUUUAAUGAAUUGGAGUAUUUCAGCUACAAUUCUGUCUUGGGAGACUACAAGGUGAACUUUUGGGGGUAUUCAACUGUCAAUUACUUUUCACCAAUGAUAAGAUAUUCAUCUGCUGGUAUGCAUAACUGUGGGCGGGAUGCAAUAAAUGAAUUCAAGCUUCUUGUUAGAGAAGCACAUAAACGAGGAAUCGAGGUCCUCAUGGACGUUGUUUUCAAUCACACAGCUGAAGGGAAUGAAAAUGGCCCCAUUUUGUCUUUUAGAGGCAUUGAUAACAGUGUCUAUUACAUGCUUGCACCGAAGGGUGAGUUCUAUAAUUAUUCUGGAUGCGGUAACACAUUCAAUUGCAACAAUCCUGUUGUUCGUCAAUUUAUAGUGGACUGCUUAAGAUAUUGGGUUACAGAAAUGCAUGUUGAUGGAUUUCGCUUUGAUCUCGCAUCUAUUAUGACCAGGGGUAGCAGUCUCUGGGAUGCACUUAAUGUGUAUGGUAAACCAAUAGAAGGUGACUUGCUGACAACUGGCUCUCCUCUCAGCAGCCCUCCAUUGAUUGACAUGAUAAGUAACGAUCCAAUACUUCGUGGAGUAAAGCUUAUUGCUGAAGCAUGGGAUACUGGUGGCCUGUACCAAGUUGGCACAUUUCCUCACUGGGGCAUUUGGUCAGAAUGGAAUGGGAAGUAUCGUGACACAGUGCGACAGUUUAUCAAGGGUACCAAUGCCUUUUCUGGGGCUUUUGCUGAAUGCCUAUGUGGGAGUCCUAAUUUAUACCAGGAAGGAGGAAGGAAGCCAUGGAACAGUGUCAACUUUGUAUGUGCACAUGAUGGUUUUACUUUGGCUGAUCUAGUGACAUAUAACAACAAACAUAACUUGUCAAAUGGGGAAGAUAACAACGAUGGAGAGAAUCAUAAUAACAGCUGGAAUUGUGGACAGGAGGGGGAGUUUGCGAGCAUUUCUGUGAAGAAAUUGAGGAAAAGACAAAUGCGUAAUUUCUUCCUCUGCCUCAUGGUUUCUCAAGGAGUUCCAAUGAUAUCUAUGGGUGAUGAAUAUGGUCACACGAAGGGUGGAAACAACAACACAUACUGCCACGAUAGCAAUGUCAAUUACAUGCAAUGGGAUAAGAAGGAAGAGUCUUUGCCAGACUUUUUUAGAUUUUGCUGCCUUAUGACCAAAUUCCGCCGUGAAUGUGAGUCACUUGGCUUGGAUGACUUUCCAACAGCAGAGAGGCUGCAGUGGCAUGGUCAUGCUCCUGGUGUUCCAGACUGGUCUGAAACCAGCCGUUUUGUGGCCUUUACACUGAUUGACUCAGUGAAGGGAGAAAUCUACAUUGCUUUCAAUGCCAGUCACCUACCUGUUACGAUUACAUUGCCCGAGCGACCUGGAUUCAGAUGGGAGCCCUUGGUAGAUACGAGCAAGCCUGCACCAUAUGACUUUCUUUCCAGUGACGUUCCCGAAAGAGAGGUUGCAGUUAAACAGUACGCGCACUUCCUUGACGCAAACCUUUACCCCAUGCUUAGCUAUUCUUCCAUCAUUCUCUUGCUCUUUCCCGAAGAAAAUGCUUAGCUCAAAGGUAAUGUGUGGCUCAAAACCCAACUACCUUGAAAAUAAAUUGCCUCAAAAUCAGUUUAGUACAUAUUCAAUUCCUUGUAUCAUAGUCUUGGAUAUGUUAGCAGAUCGUAGAACCUGUAAACAGAUAUCGUAUUGUCAGAUAAAUUGCAUAUAAACAAAGAAAAAGGAGGAAACAACUAUUAAAAAAAGAAUAAUCGAAAUAAUAUCGAAGAAGGGAAUUUGUAUUAUAGCAGUCGAGGCAGGAUUGUACGUUGCCCUCGUAUAAAAAGGUGUAGAUUCAAUCAGUUGUGAAUGAUUGAAGCAUCAUCUAGUUAGAUUUGGAUGCUAGACAGAAACAUCAUCCACGUAAUGAAGCUAAAUCAGUUGUGAAUGAUUGGACAGUCAA